AUGGCUUCGAAACUACCAUCUGUCCUGGCUGCUACUGAGGAGGAGAUCCAGCUCCUUCUCGCUGCACAAUGCCACAUUGGCACAAAAAACUGCGAUAAGCAGAUGGAGCCGUACGUCUGGAAACGACGGGCUGACGGAAUCCACGUCCUGAACAUCGGAAAGACCUGGGAAAAGAUUGUUCUCGCUGCCCGUGCAAUUGUCGCUAUCGAAAACCCCAACGACGUCUGUGUCAUCUCUGCGCGUCCUUACGGACACCGUGCUGUCCUGAAAUAUGCUGCCAACACCGGUGCUCAGGCCAUUGCCGGACGAUUCACGCCCGGUUCUUUCACCAACUACAUCACCCGGUCGUUCAAGGAACCCCGUCUGAUCGUCGUGACCGACCCCCGUGUUGACCACCAAGCCAUCCGUGAGGCUUCGUAUGUCAACAUCCCCGUCAUUGCUCUCUGCGAUACCGACGCUCCUCUUAAAUUUGUUGACAUUGCCAUCCCCACUAACAACAAGACGAGGCAUUCGAUAGGUCUCAUCUGGUGGUUGCUCGCCCGUGAAGUCCUCAGGCUCCGCGGCACAAUCCCCCGUACGAGCGACGGCUGGAAUGUCAUGGUCGACAUGUUCUUCUACAGGGACCCUGAGGAGGUCGAGAAGCAACAGCAGGAGGAGGCUGCGGCUAAGCUUGCCGCCCAGCAGGGUGCCGAGGAGCCUGCCGUUGCUACAGAGUGGGAUGUGUCGAGUGCACCCCAGGCCGGCAGUGUCAACCCCGCCUUGGUCGGUCAAGAAGGUAACCUUGACUGGGCCGCCGACCCCAACCCUUCGACCGACUGGGCUGCAGAGCCAGCGACUGGUACUGGGGGCUGGGGUGCUGAUGAAGCUGCCACGGGCUGGAAUUAG